AUGUCUUAUGAUUAUAAAAAAUUAUUCAGAAAAUAUAAAGGAACAAAAGUGACAGUUUGUCAAAUUGAUUGUGAUAAAUAUAAUGGUUAUUGUGAAAAGAUGGGAAUUGAAGGUUUCCCUACAUUAAAGUUAUUUGAUGGUACAUCUUUAAUUAGUGAAUAUGAAAAAGAAAGAACAUAUAAGGAUAUGGAUAAAUUCCUUUCUGAUUAUCUUGCUUAA